UGUUGUUGUUGUUGGUCCUUGCUUGUUUUCCUCCCCAGGUAAACAAACCGUGCUGGUGGGCAGCGCCCCCUGCUGGGCCUUCAGGCUCCACACAGGCUCCCGCAGGAGGAAGGAGGACGUGUCCCACUCUCAGACCAGCGUGAGCGGACAGCACCGGUAGCAACAUGGGCGAAAAGGCAAACGUGGAGAUGGCUGAAGAAAACCCAUUUGAACCGUACAUUGAAUCCAUCCGCCAGCAGCUGGAGGACCAGGACCCCGUGUUUCUGAUCGGCCUGGUCGUCGCUCUCGCGGUCGUUGUCGUCACCUGCGUGUUUCUAAAGUACUUCCUCACCAGCAAAACCGUCCGCAGUGCCGUGCUGCUGGUCGGACUGUGUGACUCCGGAAAAACGCUUCUCUUCAGCCGGCUGUUGUCAGGAAAGUUCAAGCGGACACAGACCACCAUCACUGACAGCAGCGCUCCAUACAAAGCCAAAAAUGACAGGGGCUCCACCUGGACUCUGAUAGACCUGCCAGGACACGACAGCCUUCGCUCGCAGUACCUGGAGAAGUUCAAAUCUGCAGCCAGAGCGAUUGUGUUUGUCGUGGACAGCGCCAUCUUCCAGAAAGAAGUGAGGGACGUGGCAGAGUUCCUCUACAUCUUACUGACCGACACUGUGAUCUCCAGGAACGCUCCAGCUCUGCUGGUGGCAUGCAACAAACAAGAUAUCACCAUGGCAAAAUCAGCUAAACUGAUUCAACAACAGCUGGAAAAGGAAUUGAACACUUUGCGAGUUACACGCUCCGCGGCCCUGAGCUCUCAGGACGGCUCUGUGGGCGGCAGCGUGUAUCUGGGGAAAAAAGGCAAGGACUUUGAGUUCAGCCAGCUGCCCGUGAAGGUGGAGUUCAUCGAGUGCAGCGCACGCGGCAGCAAGGGCGAAGACGGGAACGGAGACAUGGAGAGCCUGGAGAAGAGCCUGGCUAAACUGUAGAAACGCCUCGGAGGCACAGACCUCGGAUCUACCUGCAGGCAUAAUCAAAGGAGGGAUGAGGGAGACAUCUCAGCGGAAAGGAGUGAACGGUCAAACACGGUGUCAUCUGUGCUGGCUUAAAAUGACGUUAAAACGGCGAAAGAACGUUUUCAAUCAAAAGACUGAUGUAGCAGUUUGUCAGGUCGCUCUGUAGUGCUUAUUCAGCGUACAUCUUACUGUGAACAUCCACGCUUGAGCGCUUUGUUUGGCUUGUUUAGAAAAUAUAUGGUUUUUGGUAAAUUACAUUUGCUGUUUAUAAUUGCUAAAGUUAUUACAGGCUGUCACCGAUUUUGUUUUAAACUCAGCUAGUCUGAUGUAUAAGCUGCCUAGACAGACGUGUGUGACGUCAGCCUUGUGCCUUUUUUCUGGUAUUAUCGAAGAGUUUUCUGCCUGUUUGCAAAAGAAUGACAGUUUGCGUGAAUACAGUGCAUUUGCAAUGAAUGUA